GAUCUUCAGAGAAAAAUGACUCGAAACUAAAAAUAGUAACACAGUGAACCAGCGAAAACAUGCAUGAAAAAAGAAUCAGAGGGGGGAAAAAGAGAUAAGAAUCAUAAAACAAAAAACUUCAACUGAAACCUGAUAAGGAGGAAAUUUCAAUAGUUGAAACUUGAUUGAGAGAUAUAACCAUGGCAUCACUUCGUCCAAAUGAUCAUGAAAAUUUGAUGAAAAAGCUGGCAAUUGUGCAGAAGAAAUCACUUGAUGUGAAGUUUGACCUUACCAACACCGACUAUCAGGCUGUGGAGAAUAUAGGUAUAGGUGCAUACGGUGUAGUGUGUUCAGCCAUUCACAGAAAGACUCAAGAUCGGGUGGCCAUAAAGAAAAUCCCAAGAAUAUUUGACUACUGUAAAAUAGGAACCACAACAUACAGAGAAAUAAAAAUUUUAAAACAUUUUAAACAUGAUAAUAUUAUUUCUAUCCGAGAUAUUAUCAAGCCGAAGGAAACAUUGGAGGAGUUCAAGGACAUAUAUGUUGUGUUUGAUUUGAUGGAAAGUGACCUUCACAAGAUUAUCUAUUCCAAACAAGAUCUUUCAGAGGAGCAUGUGAGGUACUUUCUCUACCAAUUACUGAGGGGACUCAAGUAUAUCCACUCGGCUAACGUUAUUCACCGAGAUCUGAAGCCAAGUAAUCUACUUGUCAAUGAGGACUGCCAGCUCAAGAUAGGAGAUUUUGGUAUGGCACGAGGUGUGUCGGCCUCACCAGAAGAGCCAAACCACUUCAUGACGCAGUAUGUGGCGACUCGCUGGUACCGUGCCCCAGAGAUCAUGCUAGCACUGGUAGAGUAUGGCGCGGCUGUGGAUGUGUGGUCUGUUGGAUGUAUAUUUGCAGAAAUGCUGGGACGCAAACAUCUCUUUCCAGGAAAAGAUUACAUUAGCCAGAUUAAGUUGAUAGUAGGAAUUCUUGGUUCUCCAUCUGAUCGACUUUUCCAGUUAUGUCAGUCAGAUCUCAUCAAGCAGUUUAUCACCAAACUGGGGAGGAAAGAAUCCAUAGCCUGGAACACUCUGUUUCCCAAGGCCAGUAAAAAGGCUCUGGAUCUUUUGGGGAAGAUGUUGGUGCUACACCCGGGUGACAGAAUCUCUGUGGAUAAUGCCCUGAAACACCCAUACCUCAACAAAUACCAUGACCCUGAUGAUGAGCCAAUAUGCCUGCCAACAUUUAACUUUGAUUUUGAGAAUGAGGAGAUGACAACAACAAAGCUUCGCAAUAUUAUCUACAAGGAGAUCAUGGAAUAUCAUGAGCCAAAGACCUCUGUAAUGAAAUUCACAGCCUGUCUGAAGCCAGUUCCGCGGGAAUCGACCUGUACUGUUUCCACGCCGCCAAAACAGGAUAGUUCCAGUACACAAAAUUUAUUAAAUCAAAAGCCUGGAUUAGAUGGAUUGCAGGUUGUUCCACAAAUCCAGACAAAGGAUGAAUUCAAGCGACCCAUGACAGUUAAAAAGAAUGAUGAAAGAGUGACUCUUGAUAAGGAUAGUCUUAAAAUGCCCACAAAUGAUGUUGAAAUGCCUAGUGCUAAGUCAGAAAGUGGUGACCCUCAGGCUACUGCUCCAGGAUCCCGCAUCAAGGAGGAGGUCCAGCAGGAAAUGAAAAAGGAGAAUAAGACAAUUUCCUCUGACACAAAGGCUUUAGUGAAGGCAGCACUGUUAAACUCUAGCCUGAAGAAACAACGUCACGAAUCCUCUGUGGAUACAGAUGACAGACCAAAACCUAUCACUGCAGCACAAAGACAGAAGGAGAGGGAAGAAAAAAGGAGGAAAAAGAAAGAAAAGGCUUUAGAGAGGACAAAAAAGAAGAAAGACCAGAAAGCUGCUGCUGAUGCUGGGGGACUCCUGACAGAUGCAGACAGAGAACUUCUUAAUAGGUGGUCAAAGAUGCAGAAAGUUAACCAUCCUAUCGCACCCAAACCUGAAAUCAAGUCCAACCCUCCACAUCAGCCAACAAACUGCAAUAUGAUAUCUAUUGGUGAGACCGGUCAAACGCUGGGGCAGCAACGCCUCCAACAGUACCUGGCCAAUCAGAAGAAGGCUGCAGAAAGCCGCACAUAUGACUCUGACCCACAGGUCAACCCUGCCAGUACUGUAGGUCCAGGUUCUGACAGAACUCUAGCAGGAAGCAAUAUAUCUCAGUCUGGUAGCCAACAUCAGACAACCAGUUUCUCUCAGGACAGUACACAAAAGAACUGCCAAACAUCAACCUCUAGUAUGCCAGGUCUACAAGCUGGUAACAGUCAGAAUGUAACAAAAGUUGGGGAUGUAUCCUCUAAUGUCACCAAACAACAUGACAUGUCAUAUACUCAGCAACUCUCACUACUAGCAGGAAGUCAUAGCAACCAAGGCAUAAUUGGUAAUCUUGUCCAAACGCAAGGAAUGAUGGAAGGCGGAAUUCGUAAAUCAGAGGAUGGUAACAUGACUAAUGAUCUUUCAACAAUUAGUUUUGAGAACUUAAAGAUGCUUGGGAUUAUUAAUCCCCAAACAACAACUACAAAUUUUCAGCAAGGGCACUUCUUUAGCACACCUCAGCAAACUGUUCCCUUUGGUGGCUCUGGAGGGGAGAGUGUAGUUAGUGAUAAUAGAAUCUCAGCCUCAUCUCUUCCUCAAGAUGAAAAUCAAAGUCAGUCCUUCUCACAAGUUCGAGGACCUGUUUCUCAUGGGUCCCCAGCAUCCCCUCAUAAAGAAUACAGUAAUCACAGCUCGCCUGAGAGUUACCAAUCACAGGGCUCACCAGAGUAUUACCAAGGAGAAAAACAGGACCAAGGCAACAAUCGUUUAGGGUCAUACACUGAGCCCAGUCCUCCUGAUCAUCAGCAGGGGACACAUGAAACUGUGUUUCAGCAGAGAUCACCUCAGUCAACAUUUGACCAACAGCAAUCACCUCAGUCAUUAUUUGGACAGCAGAAUUCUCCGCAAUCAACUUUUGGUGAGUUUGGUCGAAGACCAAGUGAUGACCAACUCAGCAACACCGACAGUCAGUCAAGCAAUACUGGUCUGACCGGUGCCAUACUGUCAAUGAACACGAUACAAGAUCUAAGUGGACAUAUAAAUCAGAUACCAUUCGCUCCAGUGGCCAUGGACAACGAUAGCAAUCAUGGACACUACUUUGCUAAUGGCUCCCAAAUACCAUUCAAACAUGAUGCAACUGCACAAGAUCAGUCACACCAGCAGUCUUAUUUCGCUCAGGGUUCCUCCAUGCACCCUGGCCAGUCUUUGAGCAACCAUCUUUUAUUCAAUGCUAAUUCUCCACCAGACUUGAUUACCUCUCUGUCCCGACAGUUGUCAAGGUCACAGGUUGAUGACCCCUGUCCACCUGCCCUAGCCCUGACUCCACGUGGUACUGGAGCUGGAUAUGGUGUGGGAAUGGACUUGGAUGCCCUGAUGGUUGAUGCCCAGGAAAUUGGAGCCCGUCCAGAACCUUCACCUCUGUCCUCCUCCUUGUUGACAGACUGGAUGGAAGUGACCGGUGACCUCAAUAUAGAUAUGGAUGCCCUGGAGCAGGAGUUGAGUCUCCAGUCUCCUAUGACUUUGUCCUACAAUGACCUUUCUAUGUACACCACCUGAUCCAAAGUCAAUGUCGUAUUGAUGGUGAUAAAGGGAUUGUUACAGCCUAACUUUAUUUUAAGGGGAGAUAACCUGGUUAUCCUACAAUGACCUCUCUAUGUACACCACCUGAUCCAAAGUCAAUGUCGUAUUGAUGGUGAUAAAGGGAUUGUUACAGCCUAACUUUAUUUUAAGGGGAGAUAACCUGGUUAUCCUACAAUGACCUCUCUAUGUACACCACCUGAUCCAAAGUCAAGGGCAUAUUGAUGAUGAUAACAGGAUUGUUACAGCCUAACUUUAUUUCAAGGGGAGAUAACCUGGUCAAUAAGAACAUUCUAUAAGUAACCUAUUUCAAAGAACUUACAUUUGCUGAUUGUUAUCAAACUUAUGAAAGAGAUGGUUGUAGGGAUAGAAGUGGAAGAGUUACUAAUCUUCUCAAAUCAAAAUUGUUAAUGCUUUUACAUGUUUUGUUGUAUACUAAAAUGCUGGGCAUUUAUAUUUAUGAUUUGUCAUAUAAAUGAACAAUUUAUAUGUUGCACCAACUAGUCUGAAUUGUAAUAAAGCAGAAGUUCAAAGAUA